CUAUGUGGUGGAGCCGAUGCCGGCACUGAUGCGUGGUGGUCGCCAUGACGAAGACAAUGGAGUCCCUCACAUUAUAUACUCAAGUGCAGCUCUCCACAGACACAACCUGAACAAAUAUGAAGCCAGGGACUACAGAGAUACGUCAGAUUUCACUCCCAGAGAGGUUCGCUCAAAUCCUGAUCGUGGGCGUCGGUCAGCCGACACUCACCGGUCCAGUCAAAGUGAUGACCAGACCGUGGAAACGCUGGUUGUGGUGGACAAGACAAUGUACUGGGACCACGGAAAACCCAACAUUACCAUGUAUAUACUCAGCAUAUUUAAUAUUGUAUCACAGUUAUUCACAGACACUAGUAUUGGUCGUCAGAUAGAGAUUGUUCUCGUUGGGCUGGUGCUCCUGGAGGGAGAUGAGCCUGGAUUAGAAAUUGGUUACCAUGCCGACCACACUCUUAACAGUUUCUGCCAAUGGCAGUCAGUUCUCAGUGAUGCCAAUGCCAAAAAACAUGAUCAUGCCAUACUUCUCACUGGCAUGGAUAUAUGCUCAUACAAAAAUGCUCCUUGUGAUACUCUUGGUUUUGCUCCCAUAAAAGGAAUGUGUAAUCCUAUAAGAAGCUGUAUUGUGAACGAAGACACUGGACUAGCUACAGCAUUCACCAUAGCUCAUGAAAUUGGUCAUAAUUUUGGAAUGUUCCAUGAUGGUGAGGGAAACUUCUGCAAGAUGAAUGCUGGGAACAUCAUGUCUCCAACACUGACAGGACAAAAUGGCCGCUUCAGCUGGUCUACGUGUAGCAACAGUUAUCUGUAUAAAUUUCUAAAUUCCGUCCAAUCAAAGUGCCUGACAGAUCAGCCUCGACAAGUUGCCGAACUCAAGUUUCCCGACAAGCUACCUGGUCAGCUCUUUGAUGCAGACAUUCAGUGUAAACUGCAGUUUGGAAAAAAUGCACGAGUCUGCACCUUUGAAUUUGGCAAGACAGAGUUGUGUCAGAGUCUGUGGUGUUUUAAAGGAAGUCGUCUCUGUGAAACUAAAUUCCUCCCUGCUGCAGAGGGCACAUCAUGUGGACCAAGCAAAUGGUGUCGCCACGGCCGGUGUAUCCGGUAUGGACAAGAAGGACCUCACCCAGUGGAUGGUAACUGGUCGCAGUGGACAGCGUGGUCCCAGUGCACUCGUAGCUGUGGUACAGGGGUGAAGCAACGCACUCGACACUGUGGCAGUCCCGUGCCUCAGUAUGGAGGAAAGCCUUGUGAAGGGAAAGCACUUUUGCAAAAACUUUGUAGUUUACAGGAAUGUCCAAAAGGUAGUUUGGAUUUCCGCAGUCAGCAGUGUGCAGAAUUCAACAAAAAACCAUUCAGAGGCUGGCAUUACAAGUGGAGACCUUACAAGGAGAUCAAAGAUGAGGAAGAACAGUGCAAGCUGUACUGCCAGGCUGAAAACUAUAAUUUCUUCUUUGCCCUGAACAAUGAAGUUAAAGAUGGAACCAGAUGUAAUGAACAUUCAGACAAUAUUUGCAUUAAAGGUUCCUGCAAGGAAGCUGGAUGUGAUCUUGUUGUAGAAUCCACAGCCAGGAAAGACCGGUGUGGAGUGUGCAUGGGGGAUAACUCCACUUGUAAUGUCGUAGCCGGUGCUUACAUAGAACAAGCAAAGCAUAACACCUACUUUCCUAUUGUGGUCUUACCCAAAGGUGCAAGAAGCAUUUAUAUCCACGAGAGGGAGGUUGCACCCAGCUACUUGUCAAUAAAGAAUGUGUAUGGAAAGUACUAUCUGAAUGGUGGCUGGCGACUUGACUGGGAUGGGGUGUAUAUGUUUGCGGGUGUGCGUUUUGUUUAUAAGAGACUGUAUGACAAACCAGAGUCAUUGUCCAGUGAUGGGCCCUUGCAGGAAGAUCUAGUGUUGGAGAUACUGGUUCAGGGAGACAACCCAGGGAUCCUCUAUGAGUACACCAUGCCCAGGAGAUCCUCUGCUCCGACACCGGUUCCCACCUGGACGAAUUUUACCUGGACUGUCGUGCUGUCGUCAUGCAGUGAACAGUGUGCUGGAGGAGAACAGUCGUCUUCUGGUCACUGUACGAGAGAUGAUGGGGAGGAAGUGGACCCACGAUACUGUAAUCCUAAAACACAGCCCAAGACUGGACUCUUCCCCUGCAACCAGAAACCGUGUAGAGCAAGGUGGGAAGUGGAAACUUGGAUGCGAUGCUCCAAAAGCUGUGGAGGAGGCAAACAAAAAAGAAGAGUAAUUUGUAAGCAGAAAGUGUCGGCUUACCGUGACAAAAAAGUGCGAAGAAAACAUUGUCGCCAACUGACCCGACCCAACAAAUGGCAACAGUGUAAUACACAGGAAUGUCCACCACGUUGGCAUGCUGGGAAAUGGUCAUUUUGCUCUGUUACUUGUGGUAAAGGAACCAAAUCAAGGGAGAUAACUUGCCGCAGUAGGACACUACAUGGUCAGAUCUUGUUGCCUGACAGCAUGUGUCAACUGCAACCUCAGCCUCGAUUGUCCAGACCAUGUCGACGCAAGCCGUGCUUUAAACCUAAACUGCAGUGGGUUGUUUCUUCAUGGCAUCACUGUUCUGUGACGUGUGGUGAGGGUCAAAGAUCAAGGAUGUUAAGGUGCACCAGGAGUGACAGGUCUGGCCACUGGGUGACAACAGACCACCGAGACUGUGCACGUAUUCCGAAGCCCAACAUAACAUUGGAGGAGAGAUGUCAGGAAGCACUCUGUCCCGUGAAGUUGCCAGAGUGGUAUGCUUCACGCUGGGCUGUGUGUUCUGUUAGCUGUGGGCGGGGAGAAAGAACACGCCUUGUUCACUGUAUUGACAGGACUCAAAGACAACUGUCCACAGGAUGUGACCCAUUGUUAAAACCAGCCGAGAGGGAACCAUGUAAUAUGACAGUGUGUCCAACACCAGACCCACAGUGUCGAGAUGAAUUUGACUGGUGUGAACGGGUUCCCAUUUACAAAGUUUGUCAUCACAAGUUUUAUGGUACCAAAUGCUGUCAGUCUUGCCAUAGGAGGAGGUAACAGGAUAUCAAACAGAAUAUUAGUAACAUGGUGUUAAAUGUAACAGGAUAACAUGGUGUGAAAUGUAACAGGAUAUAACACAAUAACAUGGUGUUAAAUGGAACAAGAUAUCAAACAGGAGAACUUGUUAAAUGUAAAAUGAUAUCAUGCAUGAUAACAUGGUGUUAAAUGUAAUAGGAUGUCAAACUGGAAACUAUGGUGUUAAAUGUAAUUGAAUAGAUGAUUGUGUGAAGAGCAGGAUAUCAGAUAGGAUAUUACAGCAUUGAACAUAACAUGAUAUCAAAGGAUAAUAUGGUGUUAACAUUGGGUUAAAUGUAACACAAUAUCAAACAGAAUAAUAAGGUGUUAAAAUGGUGUUAAACAUAUCAUGAUA